AUGGAAGCUCCAAUGUCCGACCUCAGCCCCCGCUCUCUUACAUUCACAUUCACACUCAUUCACGGUAACGAAGCCGACGACUUGUACUCUAGCUUUCUCAAACGUACUAUGGAGUCGAGAAGACGCGUUAAUUUGGAAGAAACCGACCCGCCUAUGAACGACCACAGAACCUUGGUGCUUGGUUUCGAUGGGACUGGUGAUCAGUUUGACGACGAUAACUCCAAUGUGGUCAAUGUCUUUUCCCUUCUCAAGAAAUACGACCCCAGCAAACAGCUUGUGGACCAUCAGUUACUCGUCCCUGGAUGGCCAAACUUCAUCGCGCGGUCCAUGCGAUGUUGGGAAGCCACCUCAACUCACAUGUUAUGGCGGGCUACGAGUUCUUGA